AUGGCCGACGAUAUUUCGACAUGGGAUGCUACAGGCGUCGUAGCUCGUGCAAAAGCGAUGAUUCACUCUAGUAACCUUUCAAGUCACUCUGUAGCCGAUACAAUUGUCCUGAAAUACGAAAAAGUAUCUGAUGCACGUAAGGAUGUGGACGACAUAUUGGCUACUUGGGUUACAAUCAUUAAGGGACAGAGCGAUCCAAAGAAUGCUGCUCGAGGCAGCAGUGUUGUCGUGGCUUUAUGGCGUCAGUAUGCAGCUCUGGAAAUGGAGUUACGACAGUUUAAACAGGCUACAAAGGUUUUUGAAAGAGCUGUGAAUUGCCCCGUGGCAGGCUGCAGUACGGCCUUGUGGCUGCAAUAUGCAGACUUUUGCAUUCAGAGAAACAAAUAUUCCAAUGCCAGGAAGAUUUUCAUCCGAGCUUUGCAUACACUCCCGGAACGGGAACAAACGGCCGUGUGGGCGAGAUUCUAUGGCUUUGUGUGUACCCACGUGGACAAUAAGCUGUCUCUAUCGAUGCUGCAGCAUCAGGUUAUGCCGGAUAAGUUUCCGCAGCCAGGGACGACGCUUACCGCAGUUUCUGGUGCAGUACUUCCGCCUCCUUCUUCUACUGCAGUUUCUGCUGUAACUUCUGUGACAUCUAGUGCUCCGUCGGCUGCAUCGACGACUAUUCCGAGCACAUUACAGCCUCAACAGCCACAGACGGUAGAUCUUACAAGCACUGGAACUAGUACAGUGUCGCUUGUAGACCCAGUGGUAGCUUUUGUUGACAAAACCGGAGAAGUCACUUCAGUUCCUACGCCAACGCCUUCUCCUCUUGCAGUGGAAAGUGUAGGUCGCUUAGUGGAUCGUGGUGAGGCAGCGAAGCAGGGACCAUCAGACCCACUACUUGCUAGUGAUGCUAAACGCGCCAAGCAAGAUAUAGCAACUGUACUCGACGCGAGUGCAUCAGCUGCGGAGCCUGCAGCAUACUUUUUGCACAUUCCUAUGACGUUGCCGUUUAUUCCCAGUUGCCCCCACUUGUUGUUUGAUAGUGUGGCAGAUGGUGAGGCUCAGAAGCAGAUUGGCAACGAACUUCUGGAGCGCUUAUCCGACGUGUUGGGAGAUAGUGCUGUAUUUGAGGGCGUGCGCGAUUUGCAAAACAACCAGCGCACUCGCGACAGGGAGAUGCUGUACCGUUGGCAGGAGGUUAUUGGUAUGCAGAUGAAGGAAGGCAGCGAGCUGUUUGCCCGCCACGUAGCAUUGGAAAUGCAGCACGGGUUUUCAGAUCCUCGUGGGCUCAUCGUACUCAAGACGCAGCACCUGGAGCAGCGCCGCGAGUUUUCGAGCCGCUGUCAGAUGUCCCAGCAGCAAUUUAUUGAGAUUUGUUCCAUGGACCGCGCCAAUGCUCUUAAGGCACAGCAGAUUUCGCUUGAGAACAUGAAGAUACCGGAAGUGUCGGUGACCACAGAUUUGGAGAUUAUUAACCUGCAGCGCGCAAUUGUAAGUUUGAUACUGGAAGCCGAGAAGCUGUGGCGUGACGAGAAUCAGCGGGUGUCUACUGAAGCAAUCGCUGCUAACAAGAAGGAUUCUCAGGCAUCUUCUUCAUCUCCUAGCCACCCUCCUGUGCGGCAAAGACGAGGCAGCCAAGACUCUACUACUUCAAGCCACUCUACUGCACGUAGUUCUAGUGUGGGUGGUAGUUUUCGCAGUAGUGGGAAUGGUCGGCAAGACCAACGUGGAUCUCGUAGUUGGGGAGGCAGUGGGAAUAACCGUCGCCGAGAUCGUGAUCCGCGUGGCGGACGGGGCCGAUCGAAUAAGUGGGACAUUCAGCCACAGCAAUCUGGCCCUCCUGCUGCCACUGCUGCUCCUCCGCAACAGCGUUCACGUUACGAUUACCCUGGACAACACGCUAUGCCUAGAGCACAGGAACAGCAGCAGCUGCCAAUAUAUGAUCACGGGCAGCAGCGGAUGCAGGCACCUCCGCAACCGCAGCAACCGUAUGGAGCACCAAAUGCGCCACUCUUUGGUAAGUAUGGAGGUCAACAGGGCUCCAUGCAGGAGCAGUAUGAUUACGCGCAGCCUUCAGGCGCUUACUUUCCCGGGCCGCAAGAUGGUCAUCCUAGAGAUGGCGAUCGAUUCGUAGGACAAGGAGGCCCUUCUAGAGGUGGUCCUGCAGGUAGCGGCUGGCCCCAGCAGCCUCAACACCAGCCAUUCCAUCAGAUGCCGCAGCAGUCUAUGGGAGGCCCUCCCGCUGGUGGAGAAGACUUUGGACCUCCAUUUGAUCCUUCGCUGUCGCGAUAUGGAGCAGGCCUAGGACCUGGUGCAGUUCCAGUAGAUGGUUCUGGUCCCGCCCCGUAUGGUGCUGCGGGUCUGCGCAGAGGUGGCAUGCCUCCCGACGCUCCGCAUUAUCAGCAACUACCCCAUCAGCAGCAGACGCCUUAUCAUCAUCAGCCACCGCAACAGCAGCCUUUGCGUCACGAUAAUUACUCUGCAUAUCCGCACGAACAGUAUGGACCACCCCAAGGCGAGUUCCAGCAUCGUGACGGGAGUAGGCCAAUGGAAAAUUAUGGCGCUGCGCAGCAGCAGCCACCACCGCAGGAGAUGAUGCAGCGUCACCAACCGCAGCAACGUUACCAGGCGGAUCACUUGCUUCCGUCAGCUGCACCUGGUGGUGUGAGCAACCGUCGUAAUCGACGUGGUGGACGUUAUCGUCGGUGA